AUGGCGCCUCCAAAAUCGCUUCCUAACGGAAUUCCUACCUCGUCCAAUACGGUGCAGCCAGCGCCUGCGGCUGUCCCCAAUGGCGUGACCAGCACGGGGACCGCCGUCCAGGACGGAGCCGAGACCAAGCACAAGCACAUUUGGCUGGUCACUGGGCCGGCAGGAUGUGGAAAGUCUACUGUCGCCAAAGCGCUGGCGACUCACCUGAACAUGCCCUAUAUCGAGGGUGACGAGUUCCACCCACCCGCGAACAUCGAGAAGAUGAGCAACGGCAUCCCGCUUACGGACGCCGACCGCUGGGACUGGCUCACCGCGCUCCGCCAAGAAUCCGUUCGCCACAUCGACGCCGGCAACCACGGCGUGGUCCUGACCUGCUCCGCUCUGAAGCGCAAGUACAGAGACGUCAUCCGAGUAGCUCCCUACUUCGCACCGGGCGUCUUCCUGCACUUCAUCUACCUGCACGCCCCCGAGGAGGUCCUUCUGAAGCGGGUCGGCGCUCGCCAGGGGCACUACAUGGGUGCCAACAUGGUGCACAGCCAGUUCAGCAUCCUGGAGCCUCCCAUGGAAGACGAGACCGACGUGAUCAGCAUCGACGUCAGCCGCACCCCGCAAGAGGUCAUGGACGAUGUGCUGGCACAGGUGCAGCAGACGAUGGAGUCAGAUGAGUGA